CUCUUCUUCUUUUGCCCUCCACGUCCCCAACUUGCUUUCAUUCUCUCUCGCUCCUGCUUGAAUUCACGCUGUUCCUCGUGCCCGGCACUUCUACACACACCUUUAUCACAAUGUCUUUCCUCCGUAACGUCAAGAGCCUUGCUCCCCUCCUGGACCGCGUCCUGGUCCAGCGUGUCAAGCCCGAGGCCAAAACCGCCUCCGGUAUCUUCCUCCCCGAGAGCAGCGUCAAGGAGCAGAACGAGGCCAAGGUCCUCGCUGUUGGCCCCGGUGUCUUCGACAAGAACGGCCAGCGCCUCCCCAUGAGCGUUGCUCCUGGUGACCGUGUCCUGAUCCCUCAGUUCGGUGGCAGCGCCGUCAAGGUCGGUGAGGACGAGUACACUCUUUUCCGCGACCAUGAGAUCCUUGCCAAGAUCCAAGAGUAAAUUGGACGAGUGAAAUGAUAUUCAGCUCCGUUGUCUUUCUGUUCACGGGUUAAGGCCGAAUUACUUGUACUAUACCUCCUACGCAAAAUCAUGAGCUUCAACCAUUCAACUCGGGGAAAACUCAUAAUCAAAAAAAGAACCACCGAAGAGGUAUCAGGAGGGAUCUUGUCCCUCCUUUAUCGUCUUGGGCUAACGUCUUGUCUGGCAUUUAUUAUCGAAAGCGUGAAAUGACUGUUUACAUACCACACGAUGUACUUUUAAAUAUAGCAAUCAUCCUGUCCUACAUUGUCUGGCGCGAUGAGGGCAAGUAAUCAGAUAUGAUAAUCUCCUCUCUGAUGUUUCUUGAUCUAUUCUACGAUAAGCGGCUGGAGCAGAUUCAUCUGCACCUUACCGUUCUGUCCAAGACCG